AUGUGGAAUAUGAUGUGCGACGUGAUGCCCACGAUAUCCGAGGACAGUAUCAGCCAGAGGAGUUCGCAGUUAUCUGGUGAAGAUGCCAAUUUCGAGCAGCUCAUGGUAUCGAUGCUCGAUGAGCGAGAUAAGCUGGUGGAGAGUUUGCGGGAGACGCAGGAGCGUCUCGGCGACUCCGAGCUGCGCCUCAAGGAGGUGGAAAAAGAACGAGACUCCUUGCAGAGACAAAUUGCUGCUAACUUACCACAGGAAUUCGCGACACUCACAAAGGAGCUGAACCAAGCGAGAGAGCAGUUGUUAGAGCGAGAGGAAGAGAUAUCGGAACUCAAGGCGGAGAGAAACAACACAAGGUUACUGCUGGAGCAUCUAGAAUGCCUGGUGUCGCGGCACGAGCGGUCGCUGCGCAUGACGGUGGUGAAGCGGCAGGCGGCAGCGCAAUCCGGCGUCUCCUCCGAGGUGGAGGUGCUCAAGGCACUCAAAAGCCUCUUCGAACACCACAAAGCCCUGGACGAGAAGGUCAGGGAGCGAUUACGAGUGGCAUUAGAAAGAAAUACGGCCUUAGAAGAAGAAUUAGCUUUAACCAAAGAAGAAUUGCAGCAGUACAAAGCGUCGAGCGGUCAGGAAGGCGACAAGCCCAAGGAGAACGGCACUGCACCCGGCGCCUCGCCCGAACAAAACGGCGAACAAACGCAACACAAGGAUCAAAAUAAUGUAAACGGCGAAUCAGAGUCCAGCAAGAGAAUCACUGAGCUCCAUAACACUAUCGCCAAGCAGUCAGCGGAGUUAAGCUCGUGGCAACGGCGCGUGGCGGAGCUGAACAAUAAGGUGUCUGAACUGGAAGAACGACUCAACAAGGGGGAGAAGGAGCUCGCCAAGAAGCAAGAUGAAUGUGCCAAGCUUCAGCGAGAUCUCAGGGAAAACGUCGCGCAGAAGGAGGACCAGGAGGAGAGAAUAGCGACCCUGGAGAAGAGGUACCUGAACGCACAGCGCGAGUCCACCUCCCUGCACGACCUCAACGAGAAACUGGAGCAAGAGCUACAACACAAGCAGGCACAGCUCAAGCUGCAAGAGGAGAAGAUCGCCGCCAUCGAGGAGAAGCUGGAGCUGUCCACGCAGAAGUUGGCGCAGAUGUCCUCGCUGCCCGAGAUGGAGGAGCAGCUCAAGGCUCGCAUGGAGGCGCUCAACCAGGCGCAGGAGAGACACGGCUCCGCGGAGGAGCGCAUCGCUCGACUCGAGGCCAGCGUCGACGACAAGAACGCGGAGCUGAUGCGGCUCAACCAACGCCUGCGGAUGAACGAAGAACACAACACGAGGCUGUCUGCCACCGUCGACAAACUGCUGUCGGAAUCCAACGAUCGACUGCAAGUCCACCUAAAAGAGCGGAUGCACUCGUUGGACGAGAAGAACGCGUUGACUCAGGAGUUGGACAAGACUCGCAAAUACGCCGACGAACUGAUGGCGGAGAAACAAGACAUAUUGAAAGAGCUCGCCAAAUGGCGCAUGGAGACUGAACAGUUGAAACGCCAGAUGUUAGAACAGGAGAUAGCGUUUAACAUCCAGCAGACGGACGCGCUGACGAGAUCUUUAUCGCCUGCGCAUGCGCCUCGCACUCCCUCCGCGUUAUAUCAGCCAAAGUUGGACGGAUCGUGGGAGAAGCUGCAACAGGCGCACGUUUUGGCCAAUGUUCAGCAACAGUUCGACGUAUCCAGCGACGCUGAGAACGACGAAUCCGACGGUGGUGUAGAAGGGGGUCAUACAGACGCAGCUGCUUUAGCUCUGAUGCUGCAAGAACAACUCGACGCCAUCAACACCGAGAUACGGCUCAUCCAGGAGGAGAAGCAGACCACUGAGGCCAGGGCUGAGGAGCUCGAGUCCAGGGUGGGCAGCUACGAACACAUGAAUGCUUUAGCUCCGGCGUCGCCGCCGCGUGCGCAUCAUCACAAGUAUCACACGUUGCAGUUGUGCGAAGACGGCGGCGUGCCGGGCGGCGCAGGAGUGGUGGGGGUGGGGGUAGGGGUAGGGGUAGGUCAGGAGGGGGCGGAGAGUCCGCUGACGGCGCGCUCGCUGCGUUUGGAGCGGGCUGCGCGCGCGCUGCACGCCGAGAGGGACCGUCUACGCACGCACUACCAGCCGCCUUAUGACUCCAGCUCAAGCCAAGAGUCCCUAGGCGGUCUAGGCUCGACUCCUGGUGGGUCAGGGUGUGGGUCCGGGUCUGGCGCGGCGUGGGGCGGGGCGUCGCCGGGGCUGCCUCGCGGCGUCACGGCCGCAGCCUCCGCCGUCUCCAUUGCCUCCAUGCACCAGCAGAAGAAAAGGGGCAUCAAGAGCUCGCUGGGAAGGUUCUUCAGCAAGAAAGAGAAGGCGGGGAUGCCGAUGCAAGGUGGUUCUGGUGCGGGCGGAGCCCGGUCCGCAUCAUCCCUGGGGCUGGUGGGGCUCGCUGACGACGCGCCGCCCGAUCCCCCGCCCCUGCUGCAGCCCCAGGAGAUGGCCAGAGCCAAGACUAAGGAUCGCGACUACCGUCACGAGUUACUAGGGGAAGCGAUGCGAGCGGGCACUCCGUUCGCCCUAUGGAACGGGCCCACGGUGGUGGCGUGGCUGGAGCUGUGGGUGGGGAUGCCGGCGUGGUACGUGGCCGCGUGCCGGGCCAACGUCAAGUCCGGGGCCAUCAUGUCGGCGCUCUCCGACCAGGAGAUACAGAGGGAGAUCGGCAUCAGCAACCCCCUGCACCGGCUGAAGCUGCGGCUCGCGAUCCAGGAGAUGGUGUCGCUGACCUCCCCCUCCGCGCCCCGCGGCACCGCCUGCGCCGCACUCGCCUUCGGGGACAUGAACCACGAGUGGAUCGGCAACGCGUGGCUGCCCUCGCUCGGAUUACCUCAAUAUAGGACAACGUUUAUGGAAUGUCUAGUCGACGCCAGAAUGUUAGAACAUUUAACGAAGAGAGAUCUACGGACGCAACUCAAAAUGGUGGACAGUUUUCACAGAACGUCGCUCCACUUCGGCGUGGCGUGUUUGAAGCGGGUAGGGUACAGUGUUCGCGCGUUAGAAGAGAGGAGACGCGCGGCAGAACAUGGCGUUAGGGACGUGCUCGUGUGGACCAACGAGCGUCUGCAGCGCUGGCUCGCCAAUAUCAACCUUAAGGAAUUCGCAAAUAAUUUAUCGGAGAGCGGCGUGCACGGAGCUUUAAUAGCGUUAGAUGACAACUUCGAUGCGAACAGUAUGGCGUUGGCGUUGCAAAUACCCACGCAAAACACGCAGGCGCGUCAGAUCCUGGAGCUGGAAUUCUCCAAUCUGUUAGCGGCCGGCACCGAGCGGCGUCACCGCGUCGCCUCCUGACCCGCGCCUUCCCCGCUCUCCAUGCACGACUAGGGGGAACAGCUUCCACUAAUAAGGGGGGAGUAAACUCCACUACUAACGGGGGAGACAUCCACCACCAAUAAACUAUCAAUAUACAAUACCAGACCUUAAGCGAAUCACAUUACUAGGGGGAACACCUUCCACCACUGGGGGGUAACCUCCUAUACUAACGAGGGAGAUCACCACCAAUAAAGUAUCAAUAUGCAAUACCAGAUCUGCAGCGAAUCACAUGACUAGGGGAAUCACCUUCCACCACUAAGGAGUGGGAACUCCCCCUUGUAACACACUUGAAGACAGACAGGAUGAUACAGAACUACGACUAAAUAUUUACUGAAGUUUCAGUGCAUCAGUAAGAAAAUUGCAGAAAAGUACUAGAUGACAGUGAAUACCUGGUCAGAUCAAAACGACAGCCAGUACAAUACUUCCUCAAUAUCCUAGAGAAUUUGUGAGAAACCAGGUUCUGCCUCCUGAUCCGCGCCUUCCCAGCUUCCCAUGCACGACUAGGGGGAAUCACCUCCACAACCGGGGGGAGAGAUCUCUACCACCGAACCUAUUGCAGAUACAGAAUUGACGCUACAGCAGCCACGGAAAGACUUCAAAGUUCUAUAGUUUCCGUGAAUCACCGAGGAAAAUUUAGAAGUGCAGACUCAGUGAAUCGUAAACUAAAAAGCACAGCUAUAUAACUUCAAUCGACGACGAGCAAUUAAAAAAACACGUUAAAUAUACUACCAACAUGCAGAUAGACAGCAACAAGAUACAGAACUACAGCAAGAUCUAGUAUCUAGUACUUUCGCUCAAAAACUAAAUCUAAGGCAAAGAAGAAUCGCCAGGAAUGUCUUUAGAGAAUGUAAUGCAUCAACUUGCAGUGAAUCAACACGAAGAAAUCUUUUAAAUCGUCACAGAUUAAACGCUCGCCUUAAGUUAAGUUUCAAGUUUAACCAGUAAAUUACCACAAAACUGAAACCACACAAAAAGCAGUAUAUUUGCAGUAAAUUAAACUACCAAAAGUAAAUAAUACAGAAGUAAUGCCUAUCUACCAAUUUGCAAUCAAGACACGAAAAAAGAUUCAACACUAACGCUACAGCAACGGUGAGGAAACUUCAAUUCACCUGGUGAAUCACAAAGAAGAUCAUGAAUCAAAACCAAGGCAAAGAAUUCGUUUCGAAGAUCGGUAACGGACACCCGUAACUUUUUACGCAGUGCAGUGAAGUCUUAUAAAACCCAGGACUAUUGCAUAAAUCCGUAUUCGUUCAUUAAAUGAAGUUCCAAACGCUGAGCCCCUUACUAAUAAACAAAGACUAAGCUUGGAUUAGCUACUCAAUGUUUUGUUUCUGUUCAUUGAAUGGUAAAUGGCAUUUUAAUGGUGAUAUGAACAUAACACAGCGUAAGUUAAGCGUUAAGCUUCUUCCUCGUUUAUUUAUAAGGUUUAUAGGUAAACAAAGUGCUAUGCCAUGGUUUAAGCCACGCACCCACCUUGUAUGACUUAAGCAGGGGGCAACUAGGGAUGAAACGAUACCAUCUAGGUAUCGAUAGUUUUACUCUAUACUUUAUCGGUCACAAAAUAUCGAUGCCUACUCGGUAUUGAAUGAAAAGUAUCGAUACUUACUUGUAUCGAUAGAUUUUGAUGAACUAUAUUACAAUUAUAUAUUUAGUCACAGUUUUAAUUUACCGUAAACAAAAUAACGGCUCACGCCAAGCGAUGAACGAAUGACUGACUUAAUAAAUUGGAAUAAAUAUAAAUCAUACGCAAUGCUGCCAACUGAGCAGUAGAAAAGAUGCGUUCGCAAAUCAAGAAUUACUACUAGAAAUCUUACCAAUAAAUAAAUAAUCUGCCUACGAACUUUUUUGAUACUUUUCAGUGAGUGACAAACCGAGUACCGAUACAAGUACUUACUUCACGAUACUACCUGUUACUCAGUUCUAAAGUAUCGAUGCCAAAAGUACUAAGUAUCGAGUAUCGAGUAGUUACUUGUAUUUACUCUUAUCGUUCCAUCCCUAGGGGCAACACUAUCGUCACUGAACAAAAGUGUAACAUCUAUAUACUUACAAUGAGAAAACAAAAAUAUACAAGAAAACACAAUUACGCAGCGAAAUUACCUAUCACUCUAUUGGUCAAGAGUUGCUCCGACAGAUAAUAUGUACAGCAUAGUAAUAUCAAAUAUCGAACCUCCGGUCCGAACUGUCAAUUAUGCAAAAAAACAUUUUUUUCAGGAGAAGCGUUUAAAACUUUAACAUCCCAAAACAUACAAUAUUUAAAGUUUUUUUUUAUUUUUUUUUAAGAUGAAUAGCUAAGCUGUAUAAGCUUUUCAUCGCGUAAAAAUCUUUAAAUAUUGUAUGUUUUGGGAUGUUAAAGUUUUAAACGCUCAUCCUGAAAAAAAAAUGUUUUUGCAUAAGUGACAGUGUCGAUUACACCAACAUAUACUGAGUUAUUUAUAGAAAAAUAUUAAAAUGCAGAUCUACAUUCAAAUUCAGACUUUAAAGCCUUACUACGAAAAGUAAAUGAUACAGAAGCAAUGCCUAUCUUUAUUCAACGUUAUUUAUGCAAAAGCGAAAACAUCAGUUUGGACAGUACCUCGCCGGAUUUAAUCACUUUUUCGUUUUGGAAAGGGCGUACGUUAAUUGGGUGGUUUUGUUUAAUUUUCAUAAUUAAGGAGAAUUAUAGUUGUAUCAAGCGCCCAAGUCUUUGCCACUUUUGAUUGUCGAUGCAAAAAAUAUGUAAAUAUUUUAUAAAAUAAGGCAAUUAUAUUCUGGCAACUAAAUAUUAAAUGACCGUAAGUCCAUCGUCCAGGUUAAUCGACAUUAUAUAGAAUGAAUCGAUUCGCACUUCACAUCAAUAAAUUUAAAUAAUAUUGUAGUUCAUUUUACGAAUCAAUACAGAGCAGCUUUAAAAAAUGUUAAUUUUCGAUCAAACUUAUAUCUGGUAACUGUUCAAUGCCAUAUAAAAGCCUUUUAGAGUUUUUUAAGACUUCAGUUAUAUUAUAUUUUAUUUAAAAAUAUAUGUUCAAAACUAUGUCAAACAUUUGAAAGGUACUAAAACUGAUUGAAUCCAAACGUAUUAUAUUGCCUAUUGUAAUGAUUGUAAAAGAAUUUUUGAACAAAAACAAAGAGAAAGAAAUGCGAGACUAACUACGUGAUUUCAUUAAUUUACUUUCAAACGCACUACGAGGUUUUAUUUGAAAUUCAUCUGAUUUUACAAUAAAGAUUUUUUUAUUAUUACUUGGUAAUAAUUUCUGUACUUUUUACUUUACUGUAAUACUACGCUUAGGUUUAAUCUCGCAUUUCUGAGGGUAAACACUAAUGAAAGGUGUGUGAGUUACAAUUAAGAAGUCCAUCAUGUUAAGACUCUAUUCUACUGAAAAGACUUACAUAAUUUUGAACAUGGCAACACUAAUAUGUACGAAUUAUGAUGGGAAAUGUGAUCAUUAAUUUUUACAAUUAGAUAUAGCUAGUACAAAGGAUGUAUGCGAGAUUAUAUGUUAAAACUUCUUGACAUAUUGAAGACUUGAGGAUGUUGCCAUAUUCAGAACGAAAGAAAAAAAAAUGUUAUAGCAUACAAUAAAGUUUUCAUUAAUGUCUAUAUUGAUGACUAUUAUAAAAUAAAAUAAAUAUACCUACAGUUGUAGAGAAGUUAUGCUUUAUCACGUUUUAUGAUAAACGAAAGUGCUCUAAUGUGGUAGUUUAACUGUGUACUUAACAUGUAUUCCAAUAUUUAUCGUUACGAAAUACAUAAAGUAGGUUUAUACAGAGAUGCCGCGCGUGUGUGACUCCAUACGAACAAUUUGUUUCAACAUUUAAGUUAUAUGCUACUUUAUUACUUAGGAAAUUAUCAUAUCCACAGUUCCCCUCAUUAGGAGUCUGCUCAAACCGUUAACAUUGUAGUUGUCACAUGGCGCGGUACGUUUCAUUGAAAAGGAUACCCGGCAUUUUGUGCCAAAGCUGUAUACUUUUUUAAUUUUUUUAUCUGUGUUUCAUAAUUGGGUAACGUAGUCUGGCAAUAUUUGUCAUCAGCAGCUAGCUGUCUUUGUCAAAUACGUAGGUUUGUCAUCAAAAGGGUUUCUAUAUCGAAAAAUAUUAAUCAUUAAAUAACUUCUUUCCACGAUUCACUAAAAAUAAGGCAAAAGUAGUUUUAUGUAGCAAAUAAUUUUGGCUUUAUUUUGAGACCAAAUUCAACUGUAUACAAGUUUAGCAUUUUUUCUAUGAAAAGUGCCGGGUCUCCUUUUCAUACUCUGAUGCCAAAUAUUAGUUACAAUAAAACUAAUAUGUUGUUAAGGCGUGGUCUCACAGUCGCCACGCCCCGCUAGUUACGUUGUCGUGAGAGAAUUUUCAUCGUUAUAAUCAAUCGUACAACCUCUUAUCGUAUUUUUGAAGUUAUACUUCUUUAGGCGCAUUAUGAAAAAAUGAUGAGAGUGAAAUUUUUAGAUGCGCGCGCAUCACUGUAACCCAAAAGUAACAGCAUGAAGUUGGCCGCGGGCGCGUUAUGAAAAAAUCAUGUGAGUGAAAUUUCAAGAUGCGCGCGCAUCACUGUAACACAAUAGUAACACCAUGAAGUUGGCCGCGGGCGCGUUAUGAAUGUUAGUGUCUAAUAAUGGUGGAUUAUUAACCACUUAGUGGUUCCUUUUCCAGUCCUUUUAUUAUUUUAUUGUAAUUAUUAAUUAUUUGCAUGCAAUUAAAAAAUAUUUUUAAUGAUGCUAAAGAAGUAUAACUUCUCACGCGCGUACAUAAGUUACACGCAUCCAUUUUUUUUUAUGUAAUAAGAGUGUAUUCGGGCGCGUCCGGUCUUCGCGAGGAAUCUUACCUACUGUACUGUGACGUCACAAUCUGAUAUUUGUGAUCUUAGCGCGUAGGAACAGUGCAGCAUCCUCUGUGGAUUGCGGCCCCUUAUAAUGAUUCUGUCUUAAGUGCCUCGCGGAGGUGUUGUAUAUAUUAGCUUUACGUAGGUUCAUUGUGUGCCUCUCCGUUUGUCGGUUUGUUUCAUUGCAUACGAUAAACACUUACCGUUUGUAUUUAAAUAAUAAAUAAACUAUUAAAUAUCUAAAAAGAUAAUAAUAAUAAUAAUAUUUAAAAGUUAAAUCACAAACAAUGUAAUAUUUAUGAUAAUAUAAAGAGUUACUAAUAGUCGCGAUACGCUUUACCGCUUGUUGUUGAUUUGUACCGGGACCGCGGUACUGCGAUGGUAUUCCGCCGGUACUCUCUUGAACGGAGGGGGGGUGAGGGCACACAGAUAACUAGUCUUAUGUACAGUGUUAACCGCAUUGUUUUGUAAUCUUCUAUUUUAUUAAAUACUUAUAGCGGAGACAAUUGAGACGUAGCUAGGUAUAUUUUUGUUAUAACGUUUAUACAGAUGAUUGAAAUGCGCGGAAAGUUACAUUGCACGCUAUUCAACUUAGCACAGUUGUUCAGUUUAGUGAUUCUCUAAAAAGUUGUCACUAAGGAUUUACUCAAGUACAAGCGCAUGAUCCUUUGAUUAAAUAAGAACAAUAAAGAAAAAAAAAAAGUUUCUUGGUAAUGGACUAUUUUGAAUAGCGUUGUAAUUUCAGUUAUAAAAACGGUGUUUGAUCGGCGCGAUACAGUCUAUAUUACAUUUUUUGUUAUCUAGAAGUGUGAUAAAAUGUUGUAUUUUUAAUGUAAACGAACAUAGAAUUACUUUAGUUUUAUGAUAUAUUUUUUUAUAUAACUGCAAAAUAAACUCCAAACUAUUUUACGUAUUUUUUUUUAUUUGUAUUUUUUUUUAUAAUUAAUGCUCACAAACGAAGCGAAUGGUCGAACACCGUUAGACAUGUCGUCAAUAGUUAAUGAAAUUUUGGAAAUUGUAUAGCUAACCGAUUUUAAUUUGUAUAAUCUUUAUUAUUAGCGAAUAUAUUGUAAAUAUGGUUUCUAUGACAUAGCGUUUCUAUCAUGGGUAGUUAAAAAAUGUAGCAAUAUUUAGCUAGGAUGUGUUCAAACGAGUAGAUUGUUAUUUUAUUAAUUUCUAAUGUUUUAUUUAUUAAACUAGGGUUUAUUAUUUAUUACUUUAAUAGUAACACGAUGUCCGUAAAUAUUCUAUUAUUAUUAAUUUUCAUUACUUAUGUAAUAAUUACCUCAUAAUCUUGGUAUGUCUGCGGGAUUCGUAUGUUAUCACAAUUUUUAACAUUAAUUUUAAUUAAAAGAAAAUACGGUCAAAAUAAAAAAUGGGCUGCUAAUGUAUGUACUUUGUUAAGGUAAUUGUGUAUAGUACAUAAUAUGAGGAAAACAGUAUUAAUAAAAAUAGACGAGUUAAUGUGGAAUUUAAUUGUUAGUGCGCGCAAUUAAAACGCAUUGUAUUGAAAAUUAUUUAACAAAAAUUUAUAAUUGAAAUCUUAAUCAAUGUGUACAAGGGAGUAGUUAUUAUAAUAUGUUGUUGUGGCUGAAAGUGAAAUUGUUUUACAUUUACAACAUGAGCGAGUCGCCUAAGUGUCAGGUUAGCUGCCUAGAUAUGUUGUCGGAAAUAAAAUUAAUUCAAUGCUUUUUAAAUUGAUAUGCUGUCUCAUUUUAUAGCUAUCGCAAAGACACAGACAGACAGCAUCAUAUUUAAAGAAACUUAUAAAUAAUAAUUGCCUUUUUUGAGUGCCGCCGCGCCAUAAGAUAAUUUUUUUAUGUAUUUAGAAAGUUUAUAAAUUUUUCAUAUAUUAUUGCUGUUUUUAAAUAAAUCAUUUUGUUUCAUCUCCUUGUGCUAGACAGCGGUGCUGUAUUAUCCGCUAGAGGCGCUAUUGUGAGAUGGAGAAAAUAUAUUUCACACACUUUUUUAACUCUUAAGGGCUCGCUCUGUUGUUAUAGGCAAUUUUAUUGUCACAUGCUCGGCGCUUUUGAGUUACGGCGGCCAGUCACACUCGCGCCCUUUGUAAUCAAAAAGUUACUCAAUAGUGCUGAGGGCUUCUAACAUUAAAACUAAACUCUAAUCCCUUCUAAUAAGGCUGUUUACGGUGGAUACAUCAAAUGCGAAGCCUUAUCUAAAACCAAUCGGCACUGUCAAAAUUCCAAAUAAACCCAAAUUUGUAUAUAAUAAAUAUCUAUAUAUAUAUAUAUAUAUAUAUAUCCCCGAGCCAGUAUGGUUGGGUGUUUGAGAACCUAUUAGUAUCUACGUUACGACGUCACCGUCUCGGACGCUCCACGUCAUUAUAUCAUUCGUACACAUCAAUCGCUUCUUUAUGAAGUAAAAUUAUAUAAUUAUGAAUAGCGGCGCAACGUUUCUAUGGAAGCGAGUAUGAUAUUAUGUUAACGAGAGGUUAUUUAGUCAUUUGUUAGUGUAUAGCUUUUUGGAUGUAGCUAUAUGUUCUGUAAUGGAGUCCGACAUCUCGUCGGCCUCGAAUCGCCCGUUUUAUACUUUGAUGGUGGAUCUUGUAGAUAUCGCUUAUCGUUUUAGUCCGAAGACGCUGGAGCCUUCCCUAAUGCAUUGUAAAGAAGCAGGUAGACUCGAGUCUCCUAUCCGUAAGGAACCUCCUCAAGUGCCAACGACACUCGGCGGCGAUUCUGACGAACGCAGCCGAAAUACGCUAAGGGAGUGACCACGCCUACGCCCGUCCUUCUGCUUCAUCCGUGUAUCUAUCCUUUUCUGUCGCAUACAAGAACCGUAGAGCGAGAGCUGCAAUAUCCUCACGGAUACGUCUCACUCCAAACAGCAAACUUUUUGUGUAAGAAAAAGGAAUGGAUGAAUUGGAGUCGUAGAUAAAAAUGUCCGAGGACGCGCGUAGAUAUGGUCACUGGCUUAACUAUUAUUAUUUUCCGUGACAUUCCAGCGAACAUUUCGGUAUUAAGUAAAUAUGAACUUGUCGAACAAAAUGCGAAAUAUUAUUCCAUACUCCGACCCCUGUGGCUCGCGCUACCAAAGAGUAAAGUUACCCUCAAUUUAAGGAAUUAAUGUAAAAUAGUUUGUUAGUGAAAUUUCGAAUGUAUAUAUAUAUUAUAUAAUUUUUGCAUAAAUGUGUUGCAUAGCUUGGUAUAGAAGGGAGUAUUUAACGAGAGUAUGUACUGCUAGCGACCCAGUGUGUCAGAUUAUCGCGGUUAGUGUAAACGGUCCGUUUGCUCGCCGGCGCCGGCGCAACAUUCCAGGCUUUAUAUGUCAUGUCAAUCGCUUCGACCCCGAGCCUCAACCGAUGCAUUAACGAUAUGUACGCGAAGUAUAGUUUUGUUGUACAGGGGCAUCCGUAAUGUCUGAAUUCGAAAUUGUUAAAUUAGACAAUGAUUAUUUUGACCAAUGUAAUCUGAAGUACUGUGUAACCUUUGUAAAAAUAUUUAUCGAAUGUGCAGUGACGACAUACGUUAUGCAUAAUGAUAAGAGGUAAAUACAAUUUACACGAUAAA